AUGAUAGACAGUGAGAACGAAAACGACUCUCAGGAAACCAAGGUUUAUGUUCCUCACAAUGCUACAAAUGCAACUACAGAAAAUGAUGAUCUUGUCAUGGAAGAAUCGGCUUAUUAUAUGUACCAUGCGGCUCAGACUGGCUACCCAUGUUUAAGUUUCAGCGUUGUUCCUGAUAGUUUGGGAGAAAAUCGAACUGAGUUUCCUAUGACCGCGUAUCUGGUAGCAGGAACCCAAGCUGAUGAAAUGAAUAAGAAUAGUGUUAUUGUUGUAAAAAUGUCAAACUUGCAUAAAACGUAUAAAGAAGGUGACUGCUCUGAUAGUGACGAAGAACAAAAGAUAGACUGUGGUCCUAGCUUGGAUAUAAAAUCGAUACAUCAUGAAGGGGCUGUAAAUAGGAUAAGGCAUGCUUUAAUACCAAAUAGGCACAUAGUUUCCACGUGGUCCGAUACAGGUUGUGUUCAUAUCUGGGAUAUUUCUAAAGAACUUAUGUCGAUUGAUAAAGAUGAUGAGAACGCUUGUAUAGGCGCUGGACACAGUCGUCAAACACCACUGUUUUCGUUUAACAAACACUCGACUGAAGGGUUCGCUAUGGAUUGGUCCAAGAUCGUUUAUGGAAGGCAGUUACUAACAGGAGAUCAAAAGAAAGAUAUAUACUUAUGGAAUCCGAUAAAUGAGACCUGGGCUGUUGAGCCAACUCCAUUCCAAGGACAUACAAAGUCAGUCGAAGAUUUGCAAUGGAGCCCCAAUGAAGAUUCUGUAUUUGCAUCAUGUUCUGUAGAUAAGACGGUAAAAUUUUGGGAUAUUAGAAUUGCAAAGCAAAAGGGGUGCAUGAUUUCGGUGGAAGCCCACUCAGAUGAUGUUAAUGUUAUCUCGUGGAAUAACAAUGAUCCUUUUCUGCUAUCAGGUGGCGAUGACGGAAUUUUAAACGUUUGGGAUCUUCGACGACUCCAAAGUAAAAGACCUGUUGCAACAUUCAAGCACCAUCAAGCGCCAAUUACAUCUGUAGAAUGGUACCCUAUUGACAGUACGGUAUUUGCAGCUGCAGGUGCUGAUGAUCAGUUAACUGUCUGGGAUUUAGCCUUAGAGAAAGACGUCGAAGCCAACGGCGAACAUGAGGACAUUGACGUACCCCCGCAAUUGCUGUUUAUUCAUCAAGGACAGAAAGACAUUAAAGAGCUUCACUGGCAUUCGCAGCUCCCUGGUGUUAUUAUCAGUACUGCACAAGAUGGAUUCAAUAUUUUUAAAACUAUUUCUGUUUAGUAUUAACGUUUAACAUAGUGUAUCAUUACACCUAGAAUAUAUUUAUCAAGAUUAUGUUACGGACGUCGAAACAUGAUGAUUUUUUAACUUUAGACCUGCAAUAUGCUGAUAGAUUAAUUAACAGAAAAUUGUAUAACGUCA